UAAGCAUAUUUUCUACUCCGCAUAUGUAUUCCCUAACUGGGAAGACAGCGUAUAUAGAAUAUACGUAUUUCCAGUUAAAAUUGGCAUAUGUUUUAAUCACGAAAAAUGGAUCUGCUCUUCUCGAGGAUAUUUUUGAUUUUUUGUUUGGUGUGUAUUUUAACUUAUUUAAACUUUGUUUAUGCAAGUGAGAAAAUAGAUUUAAAAAAAGAACCAGGCCAUCUACAACCAUUCGGAACCGGACGACCAAUUCACCAAAUUGAGGAAGUGUUAGGCUUCCCAACCCCAGAGGACUUUCUUGGAAAAUAUUGUCUGCCCCUAAAACCCGUAAAGUUUAAAGAUGGAGCAAAACUGUCACCCGCAUUCCAUUUGUGGACCGAUGAGUAUUUUUUAAAUCUUAAUAUCCCAGAAAAAAGCAAAGUUCUCCUGGAAACUGUGAAAAAAGAAAGCAGACAACAGAAAGUGGUUACCAUGGAUUUCAAAAUGUUUGUGAAGAAUUAUAUGAAUACAUCUUUUUAUAUGGUGGACAUUGUCCCUAUGUUUUUAACUCCCGACCUAGUUUUACCCUGUAGUCUUCAGUGUCCAGUUUUAUGGAAUAACAAGAUUGCUGAUAUUCUGAUGUGGUUCAGUAGUGGUGGUACAAGUUCUGUCGUCCAUUAUGACGCUGUUGAUAAUAUCAACUGUGUUUAUCGUGGAAGUAAAGAUAUUGUAAUUGUUGAUCCUGUCAAAUACGAGGGCAUGACCCUUAUUGAUAGACCAGACGGAUCCUAUUCUGAUAUUGAUGUCGAUAAGAUGGAUUAUAUAAAAUAUCCGACAUUGGCUAAAGUAGAAUAUAUACACGCCCAUUUAGAACCUGGUGAUUGUCUAUAUAUACCGCAUAAAUGGAUACAUCAAGUCAGAUCAUAUAACAGUAGUCUAGCUGUCAAUAUUUGGUGGAAUCAUUACGAUGCGUUGGAUAUUGACACUAGUCAGUGCAAUAGAGAAUGCGAUGAAACUGUGACUUUAGACAAGGUUAAACUAGUAGGACUUGACAAAUUGAUGACAUCCAAUGGUUUUGUAAAACAAAAUUUAGCGGAAGGUUUGAUAUCAACACCUGGUAAUGUUAUGACGUAUGAUAAAUAUAUACAGUCCAUUUUUGUGAUGCCAGAUGAAGCAGACACAAUUGAAUUUAUGAAUAAGGAUACUGUUAAAAAGUUCCUGGAUUUAGUAGAUCAAGAUAUGGAUAAAAUGAUAUCUGUGCAUGACGUCACAACACUUACAUCAGCUAAAUUGGCGGAGGUGUCUGCUAUUCUACAAAAGAUGGGUGAUAUACAUCAAGAAUAUGGCGAUGAAGAAGGAGAGGGUGGAGACAAGCAUCAAGAUGACCUUGUAGAUGAAGGUCAAAUGAAGGAUGGAUUGAGAGAAGACAAGUCAGAACGUAAUGAAUUAUAAUAUUGUGUAUAUUUAAAAAUAUCCCUUUUAUUUCUUGCCCUAAUAUUGUGGCAAUUUCAAGAUGUUUAUGGAUAUAUUAUAAUAAAACGAGGUAGCUUGAAAAUUA